AUGACUUCGUUUAUGAUCAAUCCCAAAAUAGAUGAUACAAAUAAGUAUAGUUUUUUUUUAUCUCACAUAUAUUCUGGGUUUGAAUGUAAUUAUGGUGGUGAUUAUGAUAAAAGUGAUUAUUUUAAUGAAUUAAGAACAAAUACAGAUAAAUAUAUUUAUAAACGAGAUGAUAUUAGAAAUUGGUUAAUGGAUUUAAAAAUAAAAUAUGGAAAACAUUUAUUUGUUAUAACAAAUAGUAAAUAUAAUUAUACAGAAUUAUUAAUAAAUUAUGCAUUUGGAUCUGAUUGGCAUUCAUUAUUUGAUUUAAUUAUUGUUAGCAGUAAAAAACCAACAUUUUUUGAUCAAUAUAAACCAUUUUAUAAAUGUGAUAAUGAAUCUGAACCGAUUAAUGAUCUAAGAGAAUUAUGCAUAGGUAACGGCAUCUAUUCUGGUGGAAAUAGCAAAGAUUUACAAACAGCUUUUAAAUAUAUUACGAACUAUGGAUUAAAAACGAAUAUUAAUGAUGUUGAGUUAAAUAAUAGAAAAUCGGAUGAACGUGAACCCAUUAUUAUUUAUUUUGGAGAUAAUAUACAGGUUCGUGUUAAAAAAGAUUUCUUACACAAAAAAGGUAUACCAGACACAGAUUUAAUGCUGUUAAGCUAA